ACGGUAGUCGGCAUGACGAUGACAUCACUUUGUUGCUGAAAAUUACGCAGCGGCAAUAAAUACAUCAAAUCAUACUACUUCGCAGCAAACGAAGCUGCAUUUUCACAAGACAACUGAUACUUUUUGAAUUUGUACAUUCGCCGGGAAUAUUUCUGAAAAGAUGUCUCUCUAUCCAUCGUUAGAAGAUAUGAAAGUUGACCAAAUGGCCAAGGCCCAAGUACAAGCCUCUCAGGCGAAUGCUCUUCCCCAAGCGAGCGCAACGACGAAUAUUACGCCAGGAACCAGUAGCCUUUAUCCGUCUCUGGACGACUACAUGGGUCUUCACAUUACCGAACAAAUGGUGCAAGAAAACAUGCCUGGUUAUCAAAUUGUUCCAUCGGCUGGAAGCCAGCUAUCGACUGUUACAAGUGGUGUCAUUGCCCCGGUAACUGGUGCAAAUAACAUCGAUGUGAGACGAGCUGAAAUCAGGCAAGGUGUCCGUGAGGUUGUGUUGUGUAAGGAUGCGAAGGGUAAAGUCGGUUUAAGGGUACGCCAUGUGAGCAAAGGAGUGUUUGUCUCCUAUGUUCAUCAUAAUUCUCCAGCAGCGCUGGGUGGUUUGCGAUUUGGUGAUCAGAUAUUGCAAAUUGAUGGUGAAAAUGUUGCCGGAUAUGACAUGGAUAAAGUGAAUAAAAUCAUCAAGAAAGCUUCGCAACAACGUAUAGUGUUUGCCGUCAGAGAUAGACCAUUUGAAAGAACCAUCACGCUACAGAAAGACAGCAGUGGAAGUAUCGGUUUCGUGUUUAAAGACGGUCAAAUUACUGCUAUCGCAAAAGAGUCAUCAGCAGCCAGAAAUGGUCUUUUGAUCGAACAUAACUUGGUCGAAGUAAAUGGACAAAAUGUCGUUGGUUUGAAGGACAAACAAAUCAAGGAGAUCAUUGCCAAAGCAGAUAGAUCAGUUACAUUUACAAUUGUACCGACGUUCGUGUUCAAACACAUCAUGAAAAACAUAUCAAGUGGCCUUAUCAAAGAAAGCAUGGAUCAUUCCAUCCCUGAUAUUUGAGAAGCGGACAUUGAAUUAAAAUUAGUUUCUCACAAAUCACCUGUACAACAGAAAUAUAAGAAAAUUUGUAAUCUAGAUUAUGCACGUAUAAGAGAUAUUUUGGAUGUUCUAUUAGUGAAUUAUAAUUGACGUAGUCAACCUUAGUCCUUCUGGACAAAAUAUUGUUUUCUAAUUUACAUAAUGGUGACUAGUCUUGCUACUGUUGUCAUGUUAUAAUUGAUAAUUACUUUAUAUGAUUAAUGUUCUAACUGGGUAGAUGAGAAAUUUUUGCAGGGCUCUGGGUUAUGUAAUGUAGAGUAUUGAUUUGAAUGGAAAAUAAAAGUAUUGCAGCGAUAAA